AUGACUCAUGGAGGAAACACUAGUCGAGGACGUGGGAAGUACCUUCAGCCGAGGGGUCAGAAUUUUAAGAAAGGAGGACAUGCACCUCAAAGUCAAAGUGGCUUUAGAAAGAAUACUUAUAAUCAGUUUCAGUAUGCCAAAGGAAGAGGGAAUCAGAGUAAGAUUUCUCCGGAUUUAACUUGUGUGUGUUGUGGGCAUUUUCAUCCAAAUGACUCUUGCAAGAUUGGUAUAGGUAGUUAUUUCAACUGUGGUUUGCCUGGUCACAUUGCGAGAGAUUGCACUCGUGGGAAGAACCCGAAUGCGGGUCAGUGUCAGCACCAAGGGCGAGUAUUUGUUGUGAGCGCCAAGGAUGCUGCUAAGGCGGAUCCUCUUAUGAAAGGUAACUAUUUAAUUGGUGAUAAAUCCUUAGUUUCAUUGUAUGAUACUGGAGCUUUGCAUUCGUUUAUUUCAUUUGACAAAGUUGAGGAGCUAGGCUUGAAAAUGUCAGAAUUAGCAUUUGAAUUGCAUGUACAUACUCUGUAUCAGACGGUUAUGACUAGAUCAGGUUGUAGAUAA